GGAAGUAGUUGCUUUCACGUCCAUGCCUGUCAGCGAGCGCCGGCGCUUUAUCCUGCACAUAUAAUCAGUUUCUAUAAAGCUUCGCCAUGGCUGAUUUUAGUUCCAGCUUUGAUAUGCCGUCGGCUAGUUUAUCUGAGAACGCCGAGGCUGCGGAGCUCCAGCGUCUGAUCGCGGUGGAGCAGCAAAAGGCUCAGUUUCAAGCGCAGGUUCACAACUUUACGGAUGUUUGCUGGGAUAAGUGCGUGGACAAACCGAGCUCCAAGCUGGACUCGCGAACGGAGAUUUGUCUCGUUAGCUGCGUGGAGCGUUUCAUCGACACGACGCUCACCAUCACCAACCGCUUUACGCAGAUGGUCCAGAAGGGCGCGCACUGACUGAAGGACACCGUCCUCAAGGACAAUUACCACAUACUCUUCAUGUUCUCGCUGUACAUUCAGGAGGAUGCACUUUAAGGGUGCUGAACCUUUUCCCUCUCGCGGAAAAAUGACCUAAAGCCCUUUCUCAUAGACUCCAAAAUGUUUAUGAUAUGUGUCUAGCUGUUAAACUAAUACAGCCAGCGAAGAACGACUAUUUUUGCUGGAAAUGAUCAGUACAGGCAGUUUCCAUGACUGACUGUCCACAUCUGUACACUUGACUGCUUUAAUUGUGACUUCAAAUAAAUCAGACAUUUCAAAG